UUUAUGAUUUGGAGUAGACCCAGUUAGGUUGUCUUUUCUUGGGGAUUAUUCUAAAUCAGCUAUUUUUUCUCAGGAUUUGUCCCUAUGUCUCUAAUCUCCCUCUCCUCUCUUCUCUCCAACCCUCUCCCCCUCUCCCCAGUAUGGGAUAGUCCUGGACGCAGGCUCCUCUCACACAGCUAUGUACAUCUACAAGUGGCCGGCAGACAAGCAGAAUGGCACAGGUGUGGUCACUCAGCACACUGAAUGCCAUCCCAAGGGUAAGACAUUGUCCCAAUGGAAGGAUUCUUCCAGGUGUUUGUCUGCUAUUUACCAAGUGUUUACAUAGAACUUACUUGGUAGAAUGUAAUGACAUUGUUAAUACUCUUUUGUUCCUUUUAAGACUUAUUAAAACAAGCACUAUUACAGUUUCUUACCAGUGAUUAACCAGAAAGUACAGAUUUACAUCCAAUUUAUUUGUCAAAUACAGACUCGAAAAUGAUUCUGUGUUACCCAAAACCUUAACCCCUAAAAUUACAAUUAUACUUUUGUUGGGUACCGAGUAAGUAGAAAAAAAAGUUUUGGGCGCUCCAGUUGGCAAAGAACAGUCCCCCAUUGUGUGCUGUGUUCACACCGUGUGGGUUACAGUAUCUCGUCACACAAGGCUAUAGAUAAAGAAGCAGAAAAACAUGGGUGCCUAGCAACGGUGGAUGUUUCAGUAGUUCCGCAGUGACUCAGUGCACUGUGUGGUUUUCCAGUCCUGUCAUGACUUACGUGUUUGAAUAGAUCACGGUAGUCGGCUGCUUUAAUUAAUGUGAAGUAUUUGCAAGUACACCAGCUCUCCUAGAGUUCAUGUAAACAGCACUUACAUUUAAAUUUUAGUCAUUUAGCAGAUGCUCUUAUCCAGAGCGACUUACAACUAGUGUGUUCAGAUCGCUAGGUCAGACAACCACAUAUCACAGUUAUCAGCGAAGUCAGUGCUAGUAGGUUGCAGCCAGGGCGUUCAAGCAGCAACAACAACUCCUCAACAGCUCCUCCCAUCUGUCCUCACCUGUACAUCUGGUGCCAAGAAACAAUACCUGCUUCACUUACUGUACUUUACUGUCUUUCACCAACCGCAUGGGCUAAGACCUUUAAAUAUCCUGGGAUUCUCUGACCAGUAUAACAUGAUGGGAUCUAACACUGAAGUCUAGACCUCUUCUUCCUCCUCUCUUCCUCACAGGUUAUUAGAAACAAAGAGUUCAAGGGUGUUAGACUCAAGGCCAGUUGCACCGGGGCAGUUUGGUCUUGGAAUUCGUCGGGCUCCAGCUAAGCUAGCUAACUGUAUUGGAAAGUAGUUUGUGUGUGUUUGUGCAUGUGUCUAUGUGUGUGCAUGUAUGAGUUUUGUGUGUUGGAACAUAAGCAUUCCAAGGGGUGAGACUACCCAACUUCUCCCUCACAAUCUAAUGUGUUUAGCAGAAAGCCCUGCCUCCUGCUUCAAAGCCCCAUAGAAUGCAGGGUAUUCUCUUGAUCUGCUCUGAGUUAGGGGAAGGCAUGCAUGACCUGAUCCCUGGGUCACUGCCUGGGCUUAAGCCUGCUGCAUGAACCAGGGCAUGGACACCCUGUUGAGGGGUGUUUGUCCUGCCAUAAAGUGUGUCUGGGUGUUCCCGCUAUGCAGGUGGAGGAAUCUCUAGCUAUGCGGGACGACAGGGAGAGGCAGGGAGAAGCCUCAAGUCUUGUCUGGACCAGGCCAUGCUGGACAUCCCCAGAGACAGGCACCACCUCACACCUGUCUACCUUGGAGCCACCGCCGGCAUGAGGCUGCUCAAGUGAGUUAUAGUUUGUGUAUGCAUGUGUGUGUGUUUACGAGUGUGAGUGCACAAGGAUGUGUGUGUGUGUGUGUGUGUGUGAGCGCGCGCACCCAUGGUUGUGUAUGUGUAUCUUUGAUAUGUAAACAAUCAGUGGGUAUGGAUUUCCCACUUCGAGGCAGACAGGCAAGAACAAGCCCCCACCUUUAAUAUGACAAGCUCUAAGCAAACACUACCACACCUGUUUAAAACACAAGGGCUGUCAUAUUCCUACAUUCUGUUCAAAGAAACAUACACACCAGUGGAGGCUGCUGAGGGGAGGACAGCUCAUAAUAAUGGCUAGAAUGGAGUGUAUUGGCUGGAAUGGAGUGAAUGGAAUGGUAUCAAACACAUCCAUUCUGGCCAUUAUUAUGAGCCGUCAGCAGCCUCCACUGAUACACACACAUACAUCAUGUACACACAAAGUUAUACUAAGACACUCAUACCCAUACAGACAUGUACACAUAGACAUAAUGUAACUAUAAAGUACAUUUACACACAAAGUUGCACAAUAAGAGUUUCUAACCAAUACAAAUAUUGAAUUGCAUCCUCGUCUUUCUCUUUGUGUUAUUGCAGGGUAAAAUGUGAGUCAUGUUGUGGUUCUGAGAUGAGUCAACAACAAGAUUGAGAGAUGUGCGUCUGUCUGGUUAAUAGGUUAUUGUUGUCAGGCUGAGUAAUGUUGUUCGUUCCAUACCCCCAUGUUGAUUCGUGCCCGUACCUACUCUUUGGUCGUCUAAAGUAUCUGAAGUCGUACAUUUACCUUUCUCAACAGUAUCUCCAGCCCUGUCCAGUCAGCCCAGGUCUUAAAAGAAGUGGGUCAAAAAAUCCAGUCCUAUCCUUUUAACUACCGGGGGGCAGCCAUCUUAAGUGGCCAGGAGGAGGGAGCGUACGGCUGGGUCACUGUCAACUAUCUCUUGGAGAACUUCAUCAAGGUACCAUGGCCCAGCUUUCACCAUUCUAUAGUGAUUUAUGGUACCCCAAAUAAGUGUGUAUACAGUUGUUUGUAAAUAAAGAUCCUGCAUUAACAUUGCUAUGGUGGUUCUAAAUUGAUCCCUACCUUAUGCUUUUCUUUCAAUGCAACCAUAAGCACUUAAAAACUUAAGGAUCCUGUGUUAGUUUCAUUUCAAGCUUUUGUAGACAUUCUUUGAAGAUUGAAAGAAAAUAGAUUAAAGCUACCAUAUGACAGAUUUCCACUAAGGCUGAUUCUUGCGUUAGGAUUAAUUGGUUGAGUAGAUGGCUACCUGAGGACCUCUAGUGGCAAUUACAACACAGAGAACAUCUGCUGAGGAGACAAGCUACCCACACACCUCUCAUGUUACUUUGUUUGUCCCUGUGUGCCUGCUGCAGUAUGGCUUUGUGGGCCGUUGGCUGAGCCCAGGCAGACAGACUGUGGGGGCGCUGGACUUUGGUGGGGCUUCCACCCAGAUCACCUUUGUGACCAAGGACGAGGUGGAGGACAAGAGCGACAGGAUGAAGUUAAGUUUGUACGGCCAUGACUACUCCCUGUACACACACAGCUUCCUGUGCUACGGACGAGACCAGGUCUUCAAACGCCUACUGGCUCACUUGGUGACGGUAGGAAACAUUUUGUUUGGCCACAACAACAUCAGAACCACCUAAAGGUUACUUACUGUAAGCGUCACUCCACUUCACGGUCUGUUCACCCCACUAUCAUCCAGAAGGCGAGGUCAGUACAGGGGCAUCAAAGCUGGGACCAAGAGACUGAAAAACAGCUUCUAUCUCAAGACCAUCAGACUGUUAAAUAGCCAUCACUAGCCAGCCUCCUCCACCCAGUACCCUGCCCUGAACGUAGUCACUGUCACUAGCCGGCUACCACCCGUUUACUCAUCCCUGCACCUUAGAGGCUGCUGCCCUGUGUACAUAGACAUGGAACACUGGUCACUUUAAUAAUGGAACACUGGUCACUUUAGUAAUGUUUACAUACUGUUUUACCCAUUUCAUAUGUACAGUGAGGGAAAAAAGUAUUUGAUCCCCUGCUGAUUUUGUACGUUUGCCCACUGACAAAGAAAUGAUCAGUCUAUAAUUUUAAUGGUAGGUUUAUUUGAACAGUGAGAGACAGAAUCACAACAACAAAAUCCAGAAAAACACAUGUAAAAAAAAUUAUAAAUUGAUUUGCAUUUUAGUGAGGGAAAUAAGUAUUUGACCCCCUCGCACCGUGCUAUGCUCUGUACUUUCCGUCUCCGUAGUGUGUGAAUGUACCCUUAUGCACUACAGCAAGUGCCCAGAGUCUUUCCCAGUCAUGUCACAUUACAAGACACCAUCAUAGUCUACAUCAGCACCAUUGAAAUUAAGAAACUUUGUUAUUAAUCAUUCAUAACCCACCCACUAAUAUAUCACCCCCAGAUUGUUUUUAUGUGUUGUAUCUAUCACAGAUUUAGGUCACCAUGUGUAUUUGAAAUUCAUCCCAGGCAUUAAUUCCAACAAUAGAUCUUGGCACUCAGUACCAUAGUACUCCAUUUAUGACUGUAGAUUGCUCUCUACUUGUUAUAGGAAUGUGUCAAGUUACUGUAAUCAUUCCUCUCACACUCACUCAAUCCCUCUCCCAAUCUCUCUCUCUCCCAGGCUCAGGGUCACACAGGGAUAAUGUCCCACCCGUGCUUCCCUGCAGGCUACAGCGUCACCAUGGAGGUGGGGACAUUGUUUGACUCUACCUGCACGGCGGCCCAGACACCAAGCUCUGGCUACAAUCCCCAGGCAACCCUGUCUGUGGAGGGCACUGGCGACUAUGAUCACUGCCUGGGCAACAUUACUGAGAUCUUCUCCUUCCACAGCUGCCCCUUCUCCCAGUGCUCCUUUGACAAGGUGUUCCAGCCCAAUGUCAGUGGCAGCUUCAUGGUGAGAGGCAUUAGGAGGGGCCCAUACAGUGGUUGAAUCAACCCUAAUCCUCAACCCUAAGCCUAGUUUAAUGUCCACAUCCUAGUUUAACCCCAACCCUAGCCUCAACCACAAACCUAACCAAGGCCUUGCUCCAGCCCUAACCCUAACUACAGUUCUGACCAUAAUCUGAACUCAUCCUUUUUUUCUCUCUUUCUCUCCAUUUGUCCACCAGGCGUUCUCAGCCUUCUUCUACAUUCACCAGUUCCUACAGACUACUACAGGAAUCCUUGUCACCACCCCUGCCCAACUGGAAGAGGCAGCCCGUGCUGUCUGUAACAUGAGCAUCAAUGAGGUCAGCAGCCCUCUCUUAGUGUGUGUGUGUGUGUGUGUGUGUGUGUGUGUGUGUGUGUGUGUGUGUGUGUGUGUGUGUGUGUGUGUGUGUGUGUGUGUGUGUGUGUGUGUGUGUGUGCGUGCGCGUGUGCGUGCGUGCAAGAGAAUGAGAGAGAACAUUUGUGUGUGAAGGGGAGAUAGCCUCCAUGCAUUUGAGAGACUCUGUCAGUGUUUGUAUGUGUUUCUCCAUUAAUUAUGGUUUUGUAUGUAUUUCUGGAUGGAUAUCAUGGCUAUGUAAUGCACAUUUUUCUAUCCUGUUUCAGAUGUUGGUGCUGGCCCCAGACCAGGAGCCUCGUCUGCAAGACUUCUGUGCUGCUUCUGUCUUCACCAAGGUGCUCUUCAUGAGAGGCUAUGGCUUUGACGAGAUCUCAUUCCCCCGCAUUUCUUUCCAGAAAAAGGUAAGCUUGCUUGAUGGGAAUAUUAUUUAUUUCUCUAUCUCCUUCUUUUACUCCACAUACCAGCAUAAUCAUUGAUAUUACACAAAGUGUUUGUUAGUGUUUGUAAUUUACUUCUUUUUAGGCUACAGCCUCUCCAUUUAAGCUUUAACCCCUAGUGCACCAAGUGCCUAUCAGAAUGCUCUGAGUGUAUCCAGGCUGACCUGAGGUGUUUGUUUGUGAUGUCACUAGGCAGGGGAUGCCUCUGUGGGCUGGGCCCUGGGCUACAUGCUCAGUUUGAGCAGUCUGCUGCCGGGGGAGAGCGUAGGCCUGAGGAAGGCCCUGAAACCUGGAGCCUGGGCGGCCCUGCUCUUCCUCUUCGCCCUCCUCCUCACCACCCCCCUGAUGUAUGUCUCCCUGCAAGUCUGCCGUAGGAAGAAGAAAGGAAGCAGUAACAUUGACAGCUAAUCAUCAUAAGGGAAUCCCAUUGAGGCCUUAUUUCACUGGGCUUGGAGGGAAGAUGGCAAACUCUUUGUGAGUGUGCUGGUGGUACUAUCCUGGAGUGUGUAGAUAUAAUGUUGGAUAAAAUAUUGAUUCUAAUGUCUCUUUACAUAUGGAUAAAAAGUGAGUCCUCCCAGGCUGUCAACACAUUUUAUAUAUCCUCGCUUAACAAAUAGGGGGGUUUCUGUACAGCACGCAUUGUAGGCUAUAAUUAAUGUUCAACAUCACCCUCACAACAUAUUUACCCAACAUUUAAGUGCCAUUUGUUUGUGCUUCAUAUUCUUUUUGUAUUUUGUAUUCCGAUAACAAAAAAUAAACUGUUUUGUUUUGUACA